UCCUCCCUUUCAACUGGCAUCUGGUUAUACAGUCGGUCAGAGUAGUCUGCAGACAUCACGUCAAGGGAACGUAGCCUACACUACAUCAGCCAAAUGACUUCAAAAAAUUGUCCAGAUGGGAAUUUCUGGGAUUCUAUUCAGCAUAAUUGUCAGCUAUGUGAAACUAAAUAUCCCAUCCAAGCAGGUUACGAAUUUACUGAGAACUGCGGUUGGUCUGACGAGCAACACCAAGUCGGCGUUUCUCACACAACUUGCAGGGAUGGAACAUUUAACGACGGAUAUCACAUUAAAUGCCAAAACUGUCGAUCUUGCUUGACGACACAGUUUAUUGCAUGCAGCACCACAACUGAUACCAUCUGCUGUAAACAAGGGGAGCAGGUUUUCAGUGGAAAAUGCAUCACUCAGCUGUUGCCGACCACAGUAAUAACAACUGUGAUGAGAAAGACUUCCACAAUAACUGACUCUGUUGGCAACUCAAGUAGGCCUGCCUCUCCAACACCCCAUCAAAGUCUGCCUCAAACCCCCUCUCAAAAACCCUCUCAAAAACCCUCUCUAACCCCCUCUCAAACCUCCUCUUCUGCCAUAGAUUUGACAGGGAUCUAUGUAUUUUUAGGGAUUUUAUCCACUCUCACUCUGCUAUGUCUGUUCUUGGUUAUCAAGAGAAGGAGGACUAAACAUUUCAAUGAAGAAUUUCAACAAUGUUGUAAUGGAGCUGAUCAGGAAAGCCUGUCCAAAAAGGAAAGAUAUGAACAGACCAUCUCAUACAACAUCAUCAAAGAAAUUGACAAUGAUCACAUGACUGGAUCGGCGUAUCUGUUAGCUCCUGAGGUCCAGGGUAAGCCUUUGAAAACCGUGCUGAACAACCUGGAUGUUCUUGAGGAGCUUGUGCUGGUAUUAGACCCGGACAUCUCUGGCGCUAAGAAUACACGUCACCUUGCUGCUCAGUGCUCUUUUUCCUUUGCCUGGAUCAAUUAUGCAUAUUCCAUGAAGGAUCACAAAAGUCCUCUCGUCGCUGUUUUGGAGGGUGUCGUCACCAAGAACCCAGACUGGACCGUCGGACACCUCGCUGAGCUGUUAACCACUAUCGGUCGCAACGAUGCCGUGGAGAUUUUGGCAAAGCUCCCUGCUGGUGUUAAUAAUUAAUGUGGUAUUUUAAGAAAACAAAGCAGUAUUAUACUUACUUAUAUUGUAUUUUUAACCGUGGGGCAAGCUCGGUUACAGUAUACAAGAGUAAAUACAAACAAGAGUUUGUUGUUAGUCGCCAACAGCACAGCAGCCACAGAUAAUCAAUGACACUCAAACCCAGUGUUACUCACAUGUGACGCAGAAUCAAAGCAGCCUCCGCAUCUG